UACGCGGAGCAGGAGUUCAGCAAAACUGUUGGACACCACAGAAGCCACGCCCCGAGGUCUGUGCUGACCCGGAUUUCUGCUAGGUAGAAAACAACCCAACUUGCUGGUUCAUCCAUCUCCGUGAUAUCGGCAAACUAUUGACUAAAGGUGGAUUUUCCAGUCUGCGAGCGAGUUUUGGGACCUUGCGGCUGAAGUUGAGGAGGUGACAAAAUGGCUUCCAAAGCUGAGGAAACCAUUCCCAUGGAGCCAACAGCAGCCCCACAGCAACAUGUGGUUGUCGUGGAAACCGUUGACACAGAUGCCACACCCUGCUGCUGUUGCUGUGACGACGGCUGUGAGGAGGAGAACAAAGAGCGCGGGAACUGGUCCUGUAACUUCGAGUCCAUCCUGGCGAGCAUUGGCUACGCCAUCGGACCGGGGUACCUGUGGAUUAUGCCAUACCUUAUUUACCGGCAUGGAGGUCUCUUUCUCCUUGCAUACUUCUUCUCGCAAAUGUUCAUUGGUUUCCCCAUUGUCUACCUGGAGAUGGCGCUGGGACAGUACACGUCACAGGGACCUAUCCGUGCAUGGAGAGGGGUGCCCAUACUGCAGGGAAUUGGGGUAGGCAUGGUUGUGAUGUCGGCCAUCUUCUGUAUCUACCACAACGCCCUGCUGGCAGAGAUGCUGUACUACAUGUUCUAUGUUCCUGGGGACCUGAGCAGCACGGCAUCAUGUGACAACUACUGGAACACUGACCGCUGCAUGAGUGGAUGUCGUCAAGAGGUUGUGGAAUAUGAUUAUGAUGGUGGUUAUGAACCGUACAACUACACACGUCUGAUUUGCGGUGGUCUGGAGGCACCAGCAAUGGAGUACAGGCAAUUGUAUGUGCUCCAGCUGAGCACAGGCAUUGAUGACAUGGGAGCUGUGCGAGGCCCCCUAGCGGGAUGUCUCUUCCUUGCAUGGCUCAUGGUGGUGCUUGGUCUCAGCUUUGGAGUCAAGUCUCUGGGAAAGGUGGCCUACGUGACGACUCUUGUCCCCAUGUUGUUCACCUUCAUCCUGUUCCUCCGUGCCGUGACUCUGCCUGGAGCGGCUAAUGGGAUUGCUUACCUGCUGUGGCCUGGCAACCUGGCAUCGAGCGACUAUUACUUCACUAUGAUAACUGCCAUUGUUCACCGAUUGAGUGUGGGUCAUGGAGGUUACACAACGCUGGCGUCCCACAACCGUUUCCACAACAAUGUCCUCAGGGAUGCAGUUCUUGUCAUCCUCAUUGAUUUCCUGAUGGUGGUGGUUUGUGCAAUCAUGAUUUUUGGCUUCCUGGGUUUCCUUGCUCAUCAGAUGGGCACGGAUAUUUCUGAAGUGGCUGCUUCAGGGCCUCACCUCGUCUUUGUUGCCAUGGUAACGGUAUUUUCCCACCUCCCGGCGGGGUCGUCCUGGGCUGCUCUGUUCUUCCUGACUUUGGUCCUUCUGACAUACGGAUCUCAGCUUGUUCUGGUUGAGACUGUCAUCACUUCACUGAUGGACCUGAUCCCGAAGGGCCUGAUGAAGAACCUGCCAGGCCGGGAGUCCGGGCUGCGGAGUAAGAGGAUGAUGCUGCACGGUGUGAUGACUGUGGCUGUCUGUUUCCUGUUCUUCCUGCUGGGUCUGCCGUAUGUUACACAGGGAGGUGUCUACCUUCUGACUGUUGUGGACUCAUUCAAUGCCGUGAUUCAACCCUACAUCUUCAUCUUGCUGGAGUGUGUGGCACUCGCCUACCUCUACUCCCCGAGUUGUAGCCGCUGCUGCCCUGCGCUGAACCGCUGGAUGUCGGACCUGAGCCACAUGCUGCAGCACGUCUGCUGUUUCUGCUGUGCCACCAUCGUGAACGGGAUGACAGCAGUAGCCUGGGUGUACUACAUCCCCAUGGUCAUGCUGGCCCAGGUUAUAACGAAACCCUUGAUGUGGUGGCCGAACAGUCUGUCAUACCAAUCCUACUAUUUUCCAACAUGGUCCAUCAUACUGGGAUACUUCAUCAUGAGCAUCAGUCUGAUCAUGGUACCCCUGGGCACCCUCACCAACAUCAUCAUUGCACUGGUGAGAGGCAAGCCGAGCGAAAUCGUCCAGCCCCCAGCAGACUGGGGUCCUUACCUCAGCAAACACAGGAGGGGCGGGGCUAGGGGACAGCCUGGACAACCUGUGGAUGACACAAGGAUGUAAGGAGCUGGAUGGACAACCUGUGGAGAGUCUUGGAUGUAAGGUGCUGACAAGGCAGCACUAGGUAGCCAAUCAAAGGAUGGUGUCAUACCUGAUCGGAUGUAAAAGUUAGUAGAGCAGAAAGAGGACGAAUUGUACCACACUGUUUUUCACGCAAGAUAACUUUUUUCUGCUCUUAUACUCGUAUAUCUGCUUAGGCCAGAUCUAGCUAAUCAUGUAUACAGUGUAUACUGACCAUACAUUGUUAGUAUUAAAACUUGUAAUUAGUAUUAGUAUUAAUUGAACUUUUAGACUGUUCAUUUUAUGAUGCUGAUAGGAAAAAUCAUUUUGGGGUCAACCUAGCAGACUUACAAACAUUGUAAACACAAGUACAUGUGUAAGUCUUGCAAUCAUUGACUGUCGCUCGAGUUCAAGCAUUUAAGGUUGGUGUCAGAUCAGCCGAUGCCUCAGGUCAGAUGUUUUGGGGUGAUGAUGUAUUAUGCAGCUGGAAAGGUCAUUGUGCAGGGAAGGGUGGGUGGUGAGUGAGGAAGGAGCAGCUUUUUAUGUUGCGGUCACUUGCAAUGUGUCUGACGUUGUGUCUCCUUGUGGGCUGUGCCUUGGGUAAUGGUGUGCCUUUACACAGUGUGGUCCUCGGUAAAAGAGUCCCAGUUGGCAUCGCCAAUGUUGCAAUGAAGGAGCGUUUAUAGCCCUCAAUUGGUUGUGAAAGCAAUGUUUGGGAAAACAUCAGGAUCAUGUGUGGGAUCUGUCUUGCAAUACCAAGGUGACAAAGAAAAGAAAGUUAAAAGUCAUUGAUUGGAAUUUUUGCUUAUAUCACAAUCAUCUGUAUGACCAAAGUAUUUAUCAAGUGCCUCACACAUGUUGUUUCUAUCCUGUUAACAGGUAUAACAGAAUGUCCUCUCAGUUCAGAGAAUGAUGGCUAUUUUAAGAAGGGUAUGUUCACCUAUUACAAUGUCCACACAAGCACGUUGAAGACCUGUGCAGGUUUAGAAAGGAAGUGACCUACCUCAUCAGUUCAAAGAGGGCAUAUAGAAUAGACAUGCCAAGAAAUGAAAUUGUUUAUUCUUUUUAAAAAAAGCUAUUUUGACGGAAAAUUUUAAAAUUUGUCACUUUUUCUAUUUUUUUUUAAAUUGUUGUCCAAAACAGAAGUAAGGUGAAUAUGUAUAAAAUAUAUUUUCAUAUUUAAAGAUCUUAAAAGAUCUAACAAGUUCAUAAAAGCUUUACAAUUUUACCAAAACCAUUCAAGUUGCAUUUAUUUCAACAUAUGUAACAUAUGAGUUGAAUUUCUUGUAUGUGAUACCUUUUUUAUCUACAUUGAAUAGCUUUGUAAUGACUGAUGAAUUUUCUACUACUUUUAACUCAGCUAAUGAAUUUGAUGUUUCCACAUGAGUACAGCACUGCCUAACACUAGUUUACCUAAUACAUAACGUUAUAUUACCUAUGUCAAAUGUUGAGUUUUAUAUUCUUCAUCAUGUUUAGUACUAGUAAUACAGAGUUGCACUAAAUAAAGGCAGCAGCAUGAGUCUUGUA